GGCAGAGAGAAGGAGGCGUCGGCUUUCGUCUCACGUCAACUGAAGAGUCACGCUGUGUGGCGAAAGGCGAAACAUUCGGUCAGACUUCAGUGUUUCUCUAGUUUUUGCAGACUCAACUGAGGCGUGAUUCGAAAUUUCACCAAAAUGCCUGGUUUCAAAGUUAAAGUUAAAUGGGGCAAAAACGUCUACAAUGACAUCGAACUAAAUACCGACGAACAUCCACUCGUUUUCAAAGCGCAGAUCUUCACCCUGACGGGCGUUCAACCUGACCGGCAAAAGGUUAUGCUGAAGGGAGCUCAACUCAAGGAUGACGGCUGGGGUGAUUUGCCAGUCAAAAAUGGUGCGACAUUUUUGAUGCUGGGCACAGCAGACGAGCUUGCUUUGGAGCCAGAAAAGAAGACUGUAUUCAUGGAAGACUUAUCGGAGGCUGAACUCAACACGAAAUUGGACCUGCCAGCCGGUCUCGUGAAUUUGGGCAACACAUGUUACAUGAACGCCACUGUGCAGUGCCUGAAAAUGGUGCCGGAGCUGAAGAAGUCUCUGGUCGAGCUGCGGCCGCAGGGGUCGUCCGGCCUCGUUGACAGCCUCAGCGAGGUGUUCCGCUCAAUGCAGACUGGUUCUUGUGUUCCACCUUUGCUGCUUCUUGGAGCUCUGCACCGUGCCGUGCCCAGAUUCGCAGAGAAGGGGCCCAACGGCGGGCUCUGCCAGCAGGAUGCCAGCGAAUGCUGGACAGAGAUGGUCCGGCUCAUGCAGAGUGGACUUCCGGCUCAGAACUCCAAUAAGCAUAAUUCUUUAGUUGAACAGUACAUGGGAGGCAGGAUGAGCGUUACUCUGCAGUGCACUGAAUCCGACACCGAGCCUCCACUGGUGUCUGAAGAAAACUUCCUGCAUUUGAGUUGUUUUAUCGGACAAGAAACGGGACACAUGAAUUCUGGACUGAAAGCUAAAAUCAAGGAGCAGAUUUCAAAGAUGUCCUCAAGCCUGAGUCGGGACGCAGUGUACACAAAGACAAGUCUGAUUGAUCGGCUGCCGGCCUACCUGACAGUCCAGUUUGUUCGCUUCUACUACAAGGAGAGAGAGGCGGUGAAUGCCAAAAUCCUCAAAGACGUCAAAUUCCCGCUGCAGUUCGACGCCUGGGAGCUUUGCACACCAAGACUGCAGGCCCUGAUCGAACCUACCAGGGCCAAAUUCAAGGAGAUCGAGGAUCAGAAGACCCAAGAUGCUCUUGAGGGCAAGGAUAAACCCAAACCAAGCAAGGGUGUCGAGCCCAUGGAGGUUGACAAGGAUUUGGAGGCACAGCCGUACUCCUUUACCGACGACCCAGGCAGCAACAAUUCUGGCUACUACGAGCUGCAGGCAGUUCUCACACACAGGGGCAGGUCAUCAUCAAGUGGACAUUACGUGGCCUGGGUGAAGGGCGACUCACCAGACACGUGGUACAAAUGUGAUGACGACGUCGUCUCGCCCGUCACCGACAAAGAAAUUCUUAAGCUCUCUGGCGGAGGUGACUGGCAUGUUGCCUACAUGCUGCUUUAUGGGCCCAAGGUUCUCAAGGUGCCCAAGAAACCAGCUGAAGAGCCUAUGAGUGAGAAUUAGCUUUUGGUUCGCGUCCAACCAAAGAUGUUCUACUUCUAACAUUUCGUCUUUUCGCCCGCCUAGACAUUUCUUUGCAGAGUGCAUCAGCAGAUAUUAUUUUGUAUUUAAGCACAGUUCGCCUCAAAUCAAAAGGAUCUGUGAUCCCCAGAAAAAAAUUUGUUACUUCCGGUUACUUCAAGGCCAGUCAGUGCCAGAUUCAGAAAAUCUGCGGUCGCACUUACAGAUGCAUUGACAAGUUAGGCUUUAAAGUUGCUUAGACAUUGACGCAGAUGUUUUUAUUGUGUAAUUCACAGUUUUUUGCAUUCUUUAAAAUUGUCAUCGGCUGAUCUUGUAAAUAAAAAUCCCUUUUGAAAUA